GCAUUCCGCUGGAGGCGGGACUUCCGGUGUCUGGUAUAAACUAUCUCAGGCCUGCCCAUGCGGUUUGAUCUGUGAGUGGACGCAGAGCUAACACCUUAAAGGUAAGAACGGAGAACAUAUAUUCGACUGUUUGAGCUUGAGUGUUCGCAAAGCAUCAACUAGUUACGAUAAAGAUGAUAACUAUGACCGUAUUGCUCGAGUUGCAAAUUAUUUCGCUAAUGAUAUAGUCGCGUGUAUUAUUGUUUGCUCUAGGAUGCUCAUGAGCUAACUAGCUAACCAGCGCUGAUAGUCACUAACAAAUUAGCCUAGCUAUACUAGCUUAAGCGUGAACAACUGGGUUAGUUCAGUUAUUUUAUCAAUCACUAAAUGUUAAUUAAUGUCUUCUUUUGUUUCUGGCGUAAAUAUCUCAUUUUAUGAAGUUAUUUUGUUGCAGAAACAGUGCUGAUUUUACCCUGUAGCAGAUUAGCUUACCACGUUAGUGACGGUUAUGUAACACAAUGGUUUUCCAGUGUUAUUGAGGCUCUAAAGCUAACCCAAAAGACUCAGCGAAACCCGACUUCUACGAGAGAUAAAUAGUAGUCAGAUAUGGGACAUUAAAAUCAUUAUUCUCUUUGUUUGUAAUGGUGUUGUGCUUGCUUGCUAGCUUACUUCAUUCAUUACUCAAGCUUCCCAAGAUGGUGCCUUGGAGUGUUUACAACAGCUUCAAAUCACAGAAGAAUCAUUCAGACUAUAAGUUGAGAUGUCUCAUGUAAAAUAGAAACAAUACGUUAUGGAAACACGACGGUGUAACAUGUUUUCCACCUUUGUAAGAACUUGUUGGUGUAACCAGAGAACAUUUGGUCAAAGAAGGGCAACAACAGGUGUGAGAGACCCCACAUUUGGUGUUUGUUUAGUUACUGAUCCAGGAUGGGCUGGCAGCAGGAACAGGUAUCAAAGUUUAGUGAUAGGAUAAUGCCUCAAGAACAAGUACACAGCACAGCAUUUAUCAGGUUAUCGGUGAUUGUUGUUAUUCCCUGUGUUGAGCUUCCAUAGUUUGUUGGUAUCCUGAAACAUUUCUACCUAUCAGGUCCUAACAAAGACUACCCCUCUUCCACACAGACACAAUGGCUGAGAACGAUGUUGAUAAUGAGCUGCUCGAUUAUGAAGAGGAUGAGGAGCCUCAGGGAGCCCCUGAGAGCGCCGCCCCAGCAGGCAAGAAGGAGGUGAAGGGUUCCUACGUUUCCAUCCACAGCUCUGGCUUCAGAGAUUUUCUGCUCAAACCAGAGCUGCUCCGUGCCAUCAUCGACUGUGGGUUCGAGCAUCCGUCUGAAGGUGAGGACUGUUGGCGGGCAACUCUGGGGUUUAUCACUUUGAAUAUGCAAUCCAUUCAUCACCCACCACAGAUUGUCACUACUACAGUUUGAAGAUCUUUAAUGUGAACAACAGUUUUGCUAGAAACUGUUUGAGCACUAUUGGCAAACUACAUUAUUGAAAAUCAUUCAUUUUCUGGGGGGGUCUAAGUGUUGUAAACGGUUUAAACAGUUUUAUGCGAUCAGGAUUUAACAUGUAUUGAAAGUUUUGUUGAAGUUAUUUUCUGUGUCUCUUUCCAUAGUCCAGCAUGAAUGCAUUCCACAAGCUAUCCUUGGGAUGGACAUCCUGUGCCAAGCCAAAUCUGGUAUGGGGAAGACAGCCGUGUUUGUGCUGGCCACACUUCAGCAGAUUGAACCUGUUGAUGGACAGGUGAGUGUUGUUCGGCAUGUACAGCAUGUGUGUAAACCUAUUUAGUUAAGGGACUAGAGUUACAGUUGUCUGUAAUAUGUUGAAGUGUCUUUUGUCUCAUGUAAAGAAACAAGCGUUACCUCACACAUGGAACAGUGCCUUGGAGGCUUUUGGUGGUUUAUUUAAGAUGUAAGAUGUGCUGUGUCCUUAUAGGUGUCACUGUUGCCAUUGCUACUCUGCUUCUCUCAGAUGUAAAGCUCUUGACUGCAGGGCAUUUGAGAAACUAUUUCAUCUCUCAAAAAAUUGUGCAAAUCAAACUGAGGAAUGAUGAAGGCAGACACUAAAGACAAACAAACAUCUGUGUAGCUGUGAUGCAUGUUUUUUCUACGAUACAUCAGUUUUCACCUCAAACAGCCAAUGGCGAGAUGAUGGGAAUGAAAGGGCUAGAGUGUCCUCUGUUGUGGUUGUAUCCCGUCUCGUGUUUGGAGUCCAGUAGAUGCCUUUUCUUUGCCUCUGUUGGGGAAUAAAUCCAUAUAGAUUUCAGCGGAUGAAAAGUACUGGAAAUAAGAAAAGCAAAGUUAUUGGAAUUGUAAGCCUGUUGUGCGCUGAGUCCUUUUUGAUUGGCUGAGACAGAGUAUAAACUCUUGUUUGUUGACGGUUGGAAACCAUUUGAAUGAAGCUUCACACUCAGCCUCAUUACGACAUGCAAAGUUCACUGUCAGCAAAGAAUAAGAAAUGCUUCUUAAAAAAAUCUUUUGUCCUCAAUAAUCAACAUUUCAUUUUCUCUGCACUGACCAAAAGUUUGACUGUUUUCUAGAGUCCAGUUUGUCAUAGUUGGAAAUGGUUGGGUCUCUAUCGCUGUUUGAGAAUGUAUCCGGACAUGUUGAGUCUCAUGCUUUGUGUUUCUCUGCAGGUGUCUGUCUUAGUCAUGUGCCACACACGAGAGCUGGCGUUCCAGAUCAGCAAAGAGUACGAGCGUUUCUCUAAGUACAUGCCCACAGUAAAGGCAGCUGUGUUCUUCGGUGGCAUGGCCAUCAAGAAGGAUGAGGAGGUUUUAAAGAAGAACUGUCCGCACAUCGUGGUGGGAACGCCGGGUCGUAUCCUCGCUCUCAGCCGGAGUAAAGUGCUCAGUCUGAAGAAUGUGAAGCACUUUGUGCUGGAUGAGUGUGACAAAAUGUUGGAGCAGCUAGGUGAGUCCAUCUGACAAAUAUCUGUGAAUGAGUUUUAUUAGCUCUCUUAAUCGCAGAUUCAUCCCGGGAUUUGAUCAGAUUUAUAGCCAUUAUUGAUUUCUCGGCCUUGGGUUGCUUUUUUUUUAACAGAUAUGAGGUGUGACGUGCAGGAGAUCUUCAGGAGCACACCCCAUGAGAAACAGGUCAUGAUGUUCAGUGCCACAUUGAGUAAGGAGAUCCGACCGGUCUGCCGCAAGUUCAUGCAGGAUGUAAGUUGACUGGUGCUAUGACAGAAACACGUCAAACCCACAGUAUGACAUGUUUGCUCAUGAAUCGACCGAGCAGGGUUUGCCACUAAAACUUGUAAAACAAAUUCUUGAAUUGACCACCUCCUGUCUUCUCUUGCGCAGCCUAUGGAAGUAUUUGUGGAUGAUGAGACCAAACUGACACUCCACGGUCUGCAGCAGUACUACUGCAAACUGAAGGACAGCGAGAAGAACCGCAAACUCUUUGACCUGCUAGAUGUGCUGGAGUUCAACCAGGUGAGGCUGUUGUUACAGUAAUGUAUUGCUGUGGCACUACACCUGCCAGUCAUAAACAUAUUAUUUUAUUAUCCUGACGUAAUUUGUGUGUAACCAGGUUUAAUACUGUCCUUUUAUCCAUCUGUGAGUUUGAGUUUGUUCUGAUUUCUGUACCCCUAACUGAUAGAGUAACCAUCGCUAACUCGGUCCUGUACAUGACUAUUGAGUGUUCUUGACAAAAAAGGCUCAUCCUGGUCUCUUGACAGUGAUUUGUUGCUACAGAACAUGAAAAAAGCUGCCCAAGUAGUGUGAAAGUGAUUUUUCUUUUCCCCCUUGAUGGAUGGCUACCCCCUUUUGGUCCGUGUAUUGUAAAGUUAUGGAGAGAUGUUGGUAUUAAUUUCACAACCAAAACUCUUCACCAGGAGCUUUAGAAAGCCACACCUGCUCUGCCUUCACAAUUGUAUACCAUUUAAAUGCCUUUAUCAUUGUUGCCCCUUUUAUGCAGUGUAUCUGUUGUAUUUUAAAUUUUUUAAAUUUUCACCAGAUUUUCAGUCUGAUUCCUUUAGUCAUCCAGAUAACUUAAAAACUUGUGGUGGGGUGCAACAGAUGAAUUUCCACAGCCAACUUAAACCGUUUUUCCCAUUCCAGCUUUGCCAUUAACUAAUGUUUCUGUGGAAUUAUGCUGAGAAGUCAAACUAAACUGAGUUGCAAUGCCUGUAUUUUUCCUCUAGGUGGUGAUCUUUGUUAAAUCAGUGCAGCGCUGCAUCGCCCUGUCUCAGCUUCUGGUGGAACAAAACUUCCCCGCAAUUUCCAUCCACAGGGGAAUGACUCAGGAGGAGAGGUGAGACUCUCCCUCUGUCUCUCUCACACACACACACACACACACUCACCUCAUAAACCCAUAAACAUACACUCCAUUGAGCUCCGAAUGCUGUGUAUGUUUAUGGAACCUCAGGCCUCAUCAGUGAACUCAACACAUCAUUGCCUUCAAAGCCUCACUCUGUCUGCAGCAGCUGUGAUGAUAAUCUCCCCUCCUCUCUCUCUGUCCUCCCUCCCGUCCCCUCUGACCUUUCCUCCCUCUCAGGCUGUCCCGCUAUCAGCAGUUCAAGGACUUCCAAAGGCGGAUCCUGGUGGCCACAAAUCUCUUUGGCAGAGGGAUGGACAUCGAACGAGUUAAUAUCGUCUUCAACUACGACAUGCCCGAAGAUUCUGACACCUAUUUGCACAGGGUGAGAACUGCAGAAGAGAGAGAUUAGCAACAGUUAAUGUGUGAUUGUUCCAUUGAUUACAUUUGGAGAUUAAAAGAGGAAAAAAGCCAAAGAUAGUAAUUAAAACAGAAAAAGAUACAAGAUAAAUAGAUCAGUUUGAAAUUUUUCAUGUGCAUUAGAAGUUGUAAACACUGAAGACAGUUUAACUAGCAGCCACUGCAGAGCUACAGCCUUUAACUGUUGCAUGCACCUAAACAGUGAUAACCCAGAUUUUGUAUUAUUUACUCCAAUGUGCUCAUUGUAAAUCAUGUUCGUUUUGCAAUCUCAGUUGGUAGUAAAGACUUAAAAUGAAAACGGAAACGCAACGCUUUCAGUAUUGAAAAUAUGUUUUAAAGUUCUCUUUGGGUAGGGGUACAUGCCAUCAGAAAAACAAGAAACCUGUGAGGCGGUCUUUCUUUGAACAGUUAAAAGGACUUUUUGGGUAGUAUAUGACCUUAGAAACAACUCUGAAUUCUUUUGAAUGAGUUUACCUGUCAGUUUUUGCUGUAGGCUGAGCAGUAUCAUUUUAGCUACAAAUCCGAUACCCAUUUCUGAAUCCACUGUAUAAAACAGGCAAGUUUCAUCCACAUCUCUCCUGCUCACAACAGCAUUUAACACAAAAAAUAGAUUUAUAAAAAACUCUUUGUGGAACUUUCACAAGAUACCUUCAUUGUAAUGCAGCAGUUCUGUUGGAUCAUAAAACACACUUCUCACUUGUUUUCACAUCAAGAUUUGAUGGAGUGAGGCUGAGACACGUUGGUUUGUGUGACAUCUUAAUGACCAUGCUGUGAAAAAAGGCAUUUCCAUUGUUUUGAGUUGAUUGCACUUUUUUUGUGAUUUGAGGGCUACAUGUGGAUCUCAAACUAACACUUAAGGGUCAGAAGGUGCUGUUUUGUGUGGUUCUGAGGUUUCUGAUUUUUAUAAAUAUAUCUUGACUUAGAUUUUUUUGAUGCGUUACAGUGAUAUCAUGUGUUUCCAGAGGCUUUAAAGUGCUAAAUUAUUUUGUAUCUAACUCACUCGGCCCUCUCUGCACCUGUCAGGUUGCUCGCGCAGGCCGGUUUGGCACUAAAGGCCUGGCUAUUACCUUUGUGUCUGAUGAGACGGACGCCAAGACUCUGAACGAUGUGCAGGACCGCUUCGAGGUCAACGUGGCCGAGCUGCCAGAUGAGAUUGACAUCUCUUCUUACAGUGAGUAUUUCCAUUUCCGAAUGCUGAUCCACAGCUUCGGUAACAUGUCUUUCACACUGUAUCUAUCAAAACACACCGUCGCUUCCAUUUGUUGACGUUUUGUGGCUUUUCGGUACCACUUGAUCCAGUGAGAAGUUGUCAUUUGAGGAUUGCUCCGUGCAUGAUCAGCUGUCGCAAUAAACUUUACGAGUUAUCUUGGCAGGAAGAGACAACAGUUGUUGCUGCCAUGUCGCUCUCAUCGGAUGGAAACUGCCCUUACAUGUUUAACCGUUUGCUGAAAACCUGGUAUGCUCAGCUGUUGCUCAUCACAUUGAUCUCUUACACGCUCUCCUCAUGUCUGUCCCUCUGCAGUCGAGCAGUCCAGAUGAGUCCCCCGGCCCAGCAGAAGUCUCCUCUCCAUGGAUCUCAUGUCGUGUAUUCGGAUGUAGACGUACUUCACCGUCGAUUCAAAGCUCUGCUCUGUGCCCUUUGUUCACCAAACGUUUAUUUUUUAUUGGAAGUUUUUGGGGGCGUCGGGUGGGGUCUGUUUUAAUUUGUCUUUUACUGUCUGUUUUUUUUUUUUUUUUUUGCUUAAUGAUAUUAAAACUUUUUAUAAAAUGUCAUUUUUACUGUUGUCUCUACUCAGUCUUUAUAUGCUUCGCUCCACAGCAGAGCUUCAGGGAGCAUGUAGAGAGUAGUUCUGAGGGACAUAAAACAGUGUGUUACCUUUGUUUUUCCUUUCACAUUGCAAGACAUGAUCGUAUAUAAAAGUAGUCCUCCAGUGACUGAAACUCUUGACUGAUAUGGCAGCUCUUUCUUUGAAUAUCCAGUUGAAUGUCUCCAAUAAAUGACGUCACCAAGUGGAGUCCUGGUGGUGAAUUACAAGCAUGUUAGAAAUGACUAAAAAUCAUUUGGUUAUACCUCUGUACUCGCCGGUACGUUCUAUGGGGAUCACAAGAUGAAAACGGUACCUUAAAAAAGUCUCUGUCGUAACAGUAGAUGUUAUUCUUCUAUAUUUAUCCAAAAUCAAAAAGUAUAAUCAUUAAAACAAGUGAAUAAAUGGUAGGGCAUCAUUUAGCUGUUUCAUAAACAACUUCAAGCUGUUCUCUCUGAAAUAGCUAAAAGAUAAAAACCCUCUGAUUAAGUAAAUUAUGACUUAAACGUAGACUCUCAGAUCCUUGCUUUAUCUUUAAUAUGCCUACCAACCAUAUCAUCACCCUAUUAAAAUAAUGGUAUAGGUAGUUUUUUGAUGAAAACGAGUUUCUGGCCUAAAAUCAUCUCUUGAUAAUGCUGGCCAUCUCUGUUAAAAUCACCCAAAUCUUGCCAAGAUCCUUUCAACUAAGGAUUUAGGUGAUUUGACCAGGGAUGGCCAGCAUUAUCAAGAGAUGAUUUUAGGACAAAAACUCAUUUUCAUCAAAAAGCCAUUAUUUCAAUAUGGUUACGAUAUUUAGCCUUUAAGAUUGUUUGGUUUGUUUUGAUCUCCCUUCAUCUUUUAUUCUGUUUUGUACAGUUUCCUUGUCAAACAUUGUGUACAGCACAUUCUCUGUGAAACGCCUGCUCAUUUCAAAAAAUUCUUUUCCAGCGUCGUUUUAGGACACUUCAAUGUUUUAUGCUGAACUUUUAAUUUCAAGGUAAUCGCCUUUUGUUUUCACCAGCAGACUGUGCCAACACUUAAAAGCAGAUACUCUGUUAGUUGCCAUCUAAAAUUGCACAGCUUCUGUUCUUUUCCAAGUGAAUAUUUUGAACCAAGUUGUCUGUUUUUUGGGUGUUGUCAGUUUUUUAUCUGAAGGUUGGUGGUUCUUGUUGGUGAGCCGCCAAUCUGGAAAUCUGUAGCAUGUUUAUUUGAUUCAACGUUCUGUGAAAGUCAGUUUCACCCACACAACAAGGAAAUACAUCGGUGGAAUAAUUUCUUUAUUAAAAAUGUUUUUCUCAGGCAUUCAUUUUUGAAGAGAAAAAUUUGUGAGCCUUUUCUUUUUUCUGAACCUUAAAAGCGUCACUCAAUCAUUACAGGUGGUAUUAAUGAACACAAGUAGACAUACUUUACAGUUAUCAUGCUUUAUGUUGAUACUAUUGCUUGUAAAGAAUCUAAACCCCGCCUGGUUCAGUGCUAAACUACACAUGAACUAAUGUUGCAAAAGACUGGCCCUUAUACAGCAGAUAGAACUACAGAAGAAGUUAAUGCAUCUGUACAUAGCUGCACUAUAUUUAUCUGUAGACAAAACUAGAAAUACAGUUCCAAAACCACAGCAUCUACAAAUGUAAAUUUCAAAUGAAACAGUUAAAACUUUUUAGAAAACUCUUGUCAGGUUUAAAACUCUUUGAACAAACUUCCAGACAUGCGAGUCUCCUCAAGAAUAACCCACUUUAGUCAAGAGAUGGUUGAAAAUGAAGAUAUUUUCCAGUUUAGGAGAAAUCAACGUGUUACGGCACAACAGAAAAAAAUGUCGAAAUGUUUCUAGAUUAGAGAAUAACAAGUUUAAAUGACCUUACAUAGUCCUCACAUGAGGGCAAAGGUCAUGGAUCAAGCCUGUUUUAAGGUGCAUGAACUUAAACUGAAUUCCCAGUCGGGUAAUAAGCUUAACUUUUUUUGUUAAAGUAAUCUAAUUUGGCCACAAAUGUCUGAAGGAAUAAGUUUGUAUUGACCUUUAACUACCACCUCCUCCUUUCUUUGUGGGUCGAUGAAAUUCCUCUGCUGUUAAAUGCAAAAGGAAACAGAUUUUGCAGGAUUUUUCAGAAACAGACCCUACUCAGAAAUGAAGAAUCAUGACUUAUUGUUUGGGGUUUAGGGCGCCGUCAUGCUGCUGGAUUACAGACCAGAUUCAGCACGAGAACGUUUCCAACCACGAGUCACAAAUUACAUGUUUACUCCACUUCUCUCAGUUUUCAAAUUUGACUUUUUUAGCAAACAAGAGAGUGGCAGAAUUUUUCUCACUGCCCCUCUGAGUCAGGAUAGUAAUUUGCACAGAAUUAAGCGGUUGACUUCUUGGCGCCAGAAUCCCAGGCUUGUUCUUCUGAUGCUUGCUAAAUGUCUCAGCGUCUCGUGGAGGCGAGGCAGGGGACGAGUUCAGCUGUGUAAACAACCUUUGACAUAUUCCCCUGCUAAUGCUUACAAAGCCCCGACCAAGCAGGUUCAACUCAGUCUUUUUUGAGUCUAUAAGUCCUCUUCUCCUGUCGCCUUCAUCAUCUGUCAUUAGAUAUGGCUGUCUGACACCUGGGGUCAAGCCCCAGAUCUGUAGGAGUCCUUUUCUCCCCCGCUGUGUGGGCGACAGCUCUCAGCUGUUUUGUCCCCGUCUAGCCACUGUGAAGCUCCAAACAUAGCAGCCACUGUCUCAACAAUAAAUACCAAUGAAUAAAUACCAAAAAAGACACAAGCUACACUCCUUUUUCCAUCUUUCUCCCAUCAGAUCCCAGUCUUUGCUGCCUCGUCUUCUUUGUGAGUCUUUAUUUGGUUUAUGUGAUGGACUUUUGGAUUCCAGCUGGUUGAACUUUUGGCUCCAAAGCGUUACCAGACCAACGUUUGAUUGUACAGUCAGACUUGUAGGUGUGAAUCCAAACCAUUAAUGGAGAAAAAUGACUGUUAUUUAUUCCAGCAUCCCAACCCAAAGUCUCAGAGUUCAGGGGACUUUUGGCGAAUGGCAGCAACAUGGUGGCUAGAUUCAUCCCACUUGUCAAAGUCCAAAGAAGUCCAGCAAGGCCAGAAACAUCUUUUUGUUUUUAAAUCUACACUAAAGCACGGGCUGGCCACUUCCCUCUUCUAAGUCAGAGGUACCUUCAUCCAGUUCACUUUUCAUCUCCCCAUUCCUCCCCAAACAUCCAGAAAAGAUGUCUUGACGUGUGCACCUUGCUUGUGUCUACUCAUAGAAACACUAAGGACAGCUAUUCUAUAAUGGGGAUCACUAUUGGGGUCUUGUUUGGUGUGAGAGGGAAUGUGGGGUGGGGGUUAGUCAAUGAACUUGUGCGUGUCUCCAUAGAGCCAUCGCUGUGGUGGCAUGGCAGCCUCAUUCAGAUGGUUGCACUCGUCGCUGCACUUGCAGGACUGGAUGAACAUCACAGAUCUGUUGAACCGUUCGCCGUCAGGGCAGGCAAAGGUGACGCUCGCAGUUCGCGUACGGCGGGGUGAGCAGCAGCGGCCGUCUCUGCAUACGCCACAGUAGUUGGGUCUGUAGAGGCGGGUGCUCCUGCAGCCGGCGUAAGACAGGCGGUGCGGCUCAGGGGCCUUAUGGGUACGAGAGCACUUCCUGCCUUUCUGUAGAGAGAAACAGAAGACAGAGAGAUGGAUUCACGUGGAAACAAUAAAUUGAGCAUAGACUGUAUAUAGAAUGGACUUCGUCUGCCUCCUCGUUGGGUGAAGCCACCCUGAGAACAGCACCCUCUGGUGACGGGCUGCAGUAUAGGUCAUAAAUCCAACCUCCUCUGGCAAUCCUUUUGGAGUUGUGGACAAACUUUAGAAAUUUAUUACAUAGAAUAUAAUUUUUUUCCCCCUGAUUGUGAUGUUGACAUGUAGUUACUGUAGGACAGGUUUGUGCUCAAGUCCUCUUUUCUCUGUACAGCUCCAUAGACAUAGACAUAGACACCUGAUACAGCCUAUUGGCGUUCAGGGAUUGCGUAGCUCACUCGGGGGAUACACUGAUUGAGGCGCGACUCUCCCGCUGAAUGCGCACAACGCUACUGCGCAAUGUUGGUUUCAGGAAGUGGAGAAAAAACACAGAAUUACCGAGAGCUUUUUGGCUUCAAAUCCAUAUAGUGGCGGGAGGCGGAACCAAGUUGUCCAUAGUAUAUACAGUCUAUAGAACUGAGUCAGGCUAGCAGCACUGUGGUUCAUAUUUUAAACCUGUGUUAGAGGAAUAAGCAAUCGCUUUAUGUUGCCUCUCUUCCCAAAAAUCCAAAUGGGUGAUAAAAGUGGCAGACAAGGCACUUCAUGUACAUCCAUACCAUAUUAUAUGAUAUGCUAUCAUAUAGGUCAGUAUGAUAGGAUGCAAUAAAAUAAAAUAUAUAUGCUAUUGUGACGCAACAGCAUGAAGUAUGGUCCAACGACAUUGAAUGAGAUAUAUGAUAUGGUAUGACAUAAUUUGAUAUGAUAUGUGAUAUGAUACGCAAAGGUACACUUUGUUGUUUCCACAGCGACACUGAAGGACACAAUACAAUUAGAUAAAUAAGAUGACACGAUGCAAUAGGAUACGACAUGAUACGCUAAACAGCUCCUUGGAGAAAUAUUGUAAGUAGUAAAUAUAGUAUAGUAGCUUGUAUAAAAGUGAACCAGCUAACAUUUCUGUUGAUGUCAGAGCAGAUUUAAAGUUGCACAACAUUUCCUAUCUUAACAUAUCUGAAUGCAAUCUUUCAUUUUAACCUAAAAAAAAAAAAAAUCGGUACUUCGACUUCUUUUAUUCUUUUCUGCUCAAUUAUGUGCAUCACCACACCCC